UGGAUGAUGCAGCCCCUGAAUGAGAAGAGAAAUCCUACGGAAGUGUUUAUUUCUCUUUUCCUCCUUUGACUCGUUGAUGUCUGUAAAAAGUCCGGCUUUCAGGGCCUUUCAGCAGCUUUCAGUGAGUAAAGAAAUUGUUUCCCCUGAGGAGGAGAUGAGCUCCAGUCUGAAUCAGGAGAUUACUGAGUCUUCACAACUUAAAGGGGAACCAGAGGAACUGCAGAUAUGUCAGGAGGGAGAGCAUUGUCACCGACCAGAGAAUGCUGACAUGAUCCAGUUGACUUUGGUUCCUGUCCCCAUGAAAAUUGAAGAGGAUGAGGAGAAUCCUCAGUCCUCACAGAUUCAUCGCACACAGCCUGAGCAGAUGGAAGCAGGAGCUGAUGGAGCAGACUGUGGAGGAGCAGGAGCAGCCAGGUCCUUUGAUCCAGAGAGAGAUUUACAACCAGAGACUGAGGUCAAGACUGAGGAUUCCUCUGAAACUGAGACUGAUGACAGCGCUGACUGGAAAGAGACACCUAGACACCAGUCAGGUUUAGUUACAGUGGAAAACCUAAAAAAUAAGAGAAGCUCAACUGUUAGGAAAAAGCAGCACAGCAGAACAGAGAAAGCAGAGAAACCCUUUGGCUGCUCUGAUUGUAGUAAAAGAUUUUCCCACAGACAUCAAGUUGCAUAUCAUAUGAGAAUUCACACAGGAGAGAAACCCUUCGGCUGCUCUGAGUGUGGAAAAAGAUUUAGACAUGAAAGUAAUUUGACCACACACAGGAGAAUUCAUACAGGGGAGAAACCCUUUGACUGCUCCGAGUGUGGUAAGAGAUUUAACCAAAAUGCAAACCUGACCAGACACAUGUCAGUUCAUGCCAGGCUGAAACUUUCCAGCUCCACUAAGUGCAGCAAGGAAUCUAACCUGAAAGAUGAAGAGAGGACACAGAGCACUCACACUUCAGAGAUACUCUUCAGCUGCUUUGAGUGUGGAAAAAGUUUUAGCACAAAAAAAUAUCUCUCCACACACAUGUUAGUUCACACAAAACAGAAGCUCUUCAGUUGCUCUGAGUGUGGUAAAAAAUUUAACCUUAAAAGCAAUUUGACCAUACACAGGAGAAGUCACUCAGGAGAGAAACCCUUUGAGUGCUCUAAGUGUUGUAAAAGAUUCACCCAUAAACACCAUCUGAAGGACCAUAUGAGAAUGCACACAGGAGAGAAACCCUUCAGCUGCCCUGAGUGUGGUCAAAGUUUUGACCGAAAUGCAAAUCUGACCAGACACAUGUUAAUUCACACUAACCAGAAGCUCUUCAGCUGCUCAGAGUGUGGUAAAAAAUUUAGCCUUAAAAGUAAUUUAACCACUCACAGGAGAAUUCAUUCAGGAGAGAAACCCUUCCUCUGCUCAGGAUGUGGUAAAGGCUUUACCCAAAAAGUUUCUCUGACUAAACAUAUGUUGAUUCACACUAGACAAAAACAGUUCAGGUGCUCUGAGUGUGGCAAAGUAUUUUACCAGCAAGGUUCUCUGAGGAGACAUAUGUUACUUCACACUCGACAGAAGAGAGAAACUCUUUAGCUGCUCCUACACUGGUAAAGCAUUCUAUGAAAAGUCCUACUUGGUAUUUGACAUCACUUUGAAACUGUUCAGUUUCCAUGUUUUUCAUCAAAGUUUUCCUUGGCUAUAUCAGUGUUUGAUUCACAAGCUGGGGAGCAAAUGGACUCAGAAACAGGAGCUGAUGAAGAGGUGUUACGGCCGCCGCCGUCUGGGAAUCUUUACCUCUCUAUUUGAGUGUGUGUGUGCUCGUGUCUGUGAGUGUUCUUGUUUGCCUGGCACCCUGCAGCUCUCAGGUUGCCCCUACUGUAUAGGCUUAUUGCAGUGAUUCCAUCCACCUGUGUAGAAGAAGCCUGAUUGGCCUGGAGGUCCUGCAGCCUAAUCCACUAACCAGAAGAGAGUGCAGAGGAUAAAAGGAGCCAGCCACCAGAAGACAGCAGCAAGCUGUAACCAGCCAUGCUCACGUGCCUCUUGCCAGUUGACAUAGUUGUUAACUUUUGUAUUUCUGUAACCUUGUUGAGGCACUAGUCUUUUUGGUUUUUGUAUCAUUUAGCUUAGUUACCUCAUACACACACUUAGUCUAUCUGUUAGUUUGGUUGCUGUUUUGUGAUUCUUUUGUUAAUUAGGGUAGUUAGGUUUUUGGUUUCUUUUGUGUUGCUAAAGUUCAGUUUAAUAACUCUAGGUUGGAGUCUCUUUUUGUUCUCGUUUUUCCAUUUUGCACAGCACCUUUUUGUCCUUAGUUGGCCUUACU